GUACCGCAUCCGUGGGUAUAUUUCAACCCCGCGAGGAUACAGAAAGUAUACAGACAAUGUUCAAGAAGUGGAAACUGGAGCUGGACACACCAAAUAUCGAUCAGCAUGCUGAUACACAUUGUCACUCGAACCUGUACCAAGGACCAUCCAGGGUAAUCGCUCUAAAGAAGAAGGGCAGGGUCAUGGUAACGUUAGACGGUCCGUUGUAUUAUUAUGCCCGGAGAUUCUUUGUAGUUGUGAGCAAUCUGCAAGUAAGGGUACUCCACAAACAUACAUGGCAAUCGUCCGUCGGUCCGUCCUCUGGAUGGAAGAUACAUUUAUGGGGGAAGUUUGGAAAUACGGUACAUCCAUCUAUGCAUAAUCACAACUUCGCAUAUUAUCAAUACACAUAAACUGGAAAAAUGGGACGUAUCGCGAUACCUACGAAUGGUGUGCUUGAUAAUAAGCAAAGGUCCUUUGUCCUUUCGGUUUUGGCAGCUUGGAGUUGUGACGACCGCUCUGGGAGAGCGAAGCUAGAGAUAGACAAUCGUGCUGCUACCAGCGACGCAUCUCUGUCAGUAAUUAAAACUGAACCAAUCCAACAUGAAGAUAUCGACCCAUGGAAACGAGCUAGUUUCGAUACUUCGGCAGAGAAGGAGUAUAUUUGUGACCGAGACCGCGACAACUGUCGAGAUAGAUGGAAAGACAAACGCAAACGCGGUCACUGGCAGGUUUGACACGGUUGGGUUAUCUGCCAGUGGCGGUGCUGUAAUAGUGGGUGUCAGUCGUACGUGUCCUGAUUCGGAAGGAUACACAAUGCGUAGAAUUGAAAUGGA